UGGAUAAAUCAGUGCUGCCUUCCUUAAGACAAUAGAAGCAUGGAGCAGUGGGACAGAUUUACCAAUGAACAGGAGGAAGCGGAUAACCGCUCAGAACCUGUGAGAUUUGACGCUCGCUCAAUGACAGCUUUGAUUCCUCAGAGUCCUAAAAAUGGCCCUAAUCUUCAAGAGAAACUGAAGUCUUUCAAAGCUGCAUUGAUUGCUCUUUAUCUCCUUGUGUUUGCACUUCUCAUACCUGUCAUCGGAAUAGUGGCAGCUCAACUCCUGAAGUGGGAAAUGAAAAAUUGCACAGUUGGUUCAGUUAAUACAAAUGGUGUAUCUCAAAGUCUCCUUGGAAAAGGAAAUGACAGCCAAGAUGAAACGAGGUUUCAAGAAAUUGUUAUGGAACGCGUGAAUAUCCUGGAGAAGAGAAUCCACUAUAUUGCAGAUAUGGAAACCAACCUUAUAGACUUGGAGCGUUUCCAGAAUUUCAGCGUGACAACUGAUCAAAGAUUUAAUGAUGUCCUUUUCCAGCUAAGUACCUUAGUUUCCUCAGUGAAUGGACAUGGAAAUGCAAUAGAUGAAAUCUCCAAGUCCUUAAUGAGCCUGAAUGCCACGCUGAUUGAUUUACAGCUCAAGAUAGAAACACUGAGUGGCAAAGUUCAAGAGGACACAUUUAAACAAGAAGAGGAAAUGAGAAAGUUAGAGGAGCAUGUGUACAACACAUCAGCAGAAAUCAUGUCUAUGAAAGAAGAACACGCACAUUUGGAACAGGAAAUAAAAGGAGAAAUGAAACUAUUGAAUAACAUCACUAAUGACCUCAGACUGAAAGACUGGGAACACUCUCAGACAUUAAGAAAUAUUACUUUAAUUCAAGGUCCUCCUGGACCCCGAGGUGAAAAAGGAGACAGAGGUCUUACUGGACAAAGUGGCCUACAAGGCAUUCCAGGUCCCAUGGGUCCCCCAGGUCUUAAAGGUGAUCGGGGAGCAGUCGGCUUUCCUGGAAGUCGGGGACUACAAGGCCCAGUUGGGAGGCCGGGGCGGCCAGGUAAUCCUGGACAAAAAGGCCAGAAAGGGGAAAGAGGCAGUGGAAGCACCCUGGCUCCAGCUAAGACAGUUCGACUGUUUGGAGGGAGCGGACCCCACGAGGGUACAGUAGAGAUUUUCCACAAUGGCCUGUGGGGCACAAUUUGUGAUGACCACUGGGAAGUGCGCAGCGGACAGGUAGUCUGCAGGAGUCUGGGAUAUCGAGGCAUUCUAACUGUGCAUAAGGCUGCUCGUUUCGGACAAGGUACUGGCCCAAUUUGGCUGAAUGACAUAUUUUGUUUUGGGAGAGAGUCAUCUAUCGAAGAUUGUAAAAUCAAAGAGUGGGGCGCGAGGACCUGCUCACACAAUGAAGAUGCUGGGGUCACCUGCACUUCAUAAUGUAUCAUAUUUUCAUCCACAAUUAUGGAAAUCAUUACUGUUGCGGAGUUAUUUUUAUUACUUUGCUCUGUUAAAAUCAGUUUAAUGAGAUUGAGUAUUAUCAAAAAAAAAAAUCUUUAAAAUCACUGUUUAUAUACAUAUUGAACACCUUACCUUCAUACCAUAUAUUUAUACUGGACCAAUUUUUAACUUCUCUAUAAAUAGGUUUUUAAAUGGAAUUUUCUGAUAUCGUUAUGUGUCUAUUUAAGCUGAAGUCUUCUGGGUCACGAAUGCCAAUGGUAAUGGAAACAGCAGUCAUUGACACCAACUUAUCUUCACCACAAGAUUACAAUUUUGGUCUUCUUUGAAAUCUAUUUAGUUUAUUUUAAUUGCAUUCUAAAUAAUAAGAGGGCUGGGAAGAUGCCUAUUGGGCUAUGUUUGCAAAAUCUCUGAUCCAUACAGUUUCAAAAGAAGAAUCUUAAUCAUCUACUCAGAUCUCUAAACGUGCAAUAACUGUUAGGUAGCAAUAUUACUAAUGAUAUGUUUUGGCCAUGAUGGGCCAGGGAGCUUUUUUGGGACUGAGCUCCUAGGCAAGCAGCCCUGCAACACCUGCAACUUGCAACUUAUUUACAAUACUAUGUGCUUGGCUAAUGCAAAACCCCCAUCCUGGAAUCUGCUAUAGGGAAGGAACAAACAAUGUACUCCCUUAUAAGAUGUUUUUCAGAAGGACCGACCAGAUCUGGUCUGUCCUGAAUUGAAUUGUGUCUCCCAAAAAAUAUGUGUCAACUUGGCUAGGCCAUGAUUCCCAGUAUUGUGUGGUUGUCCCCCAUUUUGUGAUUGUAAUUUUAUGUUGAGAGGAUUAGAAUGGGAUUGUAACACCACCCUCACUCAGGCCACCUCCCUGAUCCAAGGUAAAAGGAAUUUCCCUGGGGUGCGGCCUGCACCACCUUUUAUCUCCCAAGAGACAAAAGGAAAGAGAAGCAAGCACAGAGUUGGGGACCUCAUACCACCAAGAAAGCAGCACCAGGAGCAGAGUGCAUCCUUUGGACAUGGGGUCUCUGUGCCUGAGAAGCUCCUCCACCAAGGGCAGAUUGAGAACAUGGACCUUCCUCCAGAGCAGACAGAGAAAGAAAGCUUUCCCCUAGAACCAACACCCUGAAUUUGGACUUGUAACCUACUAGACUGUGAGAAAAUUAAUUUCUCUUUAUUAAAGCCAUCCACUUGUGGUAUUUCUAUUAUGGUCACACUAGAUGACUAGGACGUGGUCCCUGGAGCAUGCGCAGACAUCCGCAAGGUGACUGACAGAUGACUUCUGCCUGAUGAAAGUACCUGCCACAGGAAUUGAACCAGUGCCACAGGAGAGACUACACAGGUGCAACACCCCAUAAUAAGUUCUGCUACAAAUCCCAGAAGCCUCCAGGACAAGAGCCGUCUUAAAGCCAUCUUAGAAAGCUGUAGUUAACAAAUCCCUGCCCAGAUGGGCCACCUCCUGGAAAACCCCGCCUAUGCACAUAAAUAAAUGUAAAUCCUUUCCCACGCAAAAACCUUUAAAAACCCCUGCAAGUUCUUUGGGGAAAUGCUGGGUAAGCGUUGCCUAUGCCCUCCUCGUCUCUGCUUGCAAGCCUCUGUGCCUCACCUGUUCACCCUUGACCAGUAAAAGUCAAGAACCUUCUUCAAUUAAUGGCUCAGAGGUGCUGGCAACAAUGUUCUAGCAGCUAUUUUACCAAACCAUAAAGUCAGUUGAAAGGAGGACAUGUGAGAAGAAGCACAGACCGAUCCUUGCUACUGGACAACAUACUCAAACUGCGUGUGCCCAGAUAACUGGGGGUUCCAAAAUGCCAUCUGUCAACGUGCAGCUCAGUUUGUUAUGCAUUUUAAAUUGAGUUGAACUAUUAGCUUGUCACAAUUCUAAGGCAUGGUGUUUAAAUUAUAAAUAAAUAUAAUUACUCCAGAUAAUGCAAAUGUCUCGAGUGCAGAAGAAAAAGAAAUUUUAACUACCUCUCUGGAGUCUUCUGUGAAGUCCAUCAACAUUCACAAUCAGGGAGAGAGGCGUCUUCAGCUGUAAAGGGAAAUAGACAGUGAGCACGCCAAGACAAUUUCUUAGCAGUAAUCAGCCCAUCCUCAAGCCCAUAUCCUGGGGUAUGAAAGGCCACGCUGGCACCCAAGGACUGUACCCUGGCACCCAGCUGUCUAGGUGUGCACAGAAAGACCAACAGUUUGCUAUUAAAGCCCAACUAAGCCUAAUCUCAGCCCUGAGAAGAACAUAAUCUUCAAGUUUCCCAUGGCCUUCUAAUAGGAGCACGUGAUUACAAAAUAGUGUUACCGUGGAAGCCCUCUACUGUUCUUCAGUGAAGAUAAGCCACAGUGUGGGUCUAAGUAUUUUUAUUUUUUUCAGUAACCUGAAGUCUCACUCCACAAAUAGUCAACAAGUACCAGACUCACUGCUCUCGCACUUGAAGAGGCAAAGCUCUGCUCUGGAACUUGGAACUAUUGGAAAUAAAAAAAAUAAAAAUGCAUCUGGAUCACGUUACAUUCUUCUCUUCGUUGGACAAGGGAUAUCUUCUUUGACCCUGUAACUUUAAGGGGAUGGACCCUGAAUCUAGGCUGACUGAUGCAAACACUGGCUUCACCUUGAGCUGGCAAUUAAUUCUCCGUGUUGAAUUCCACUGUCUGGUAAACUAGCAUCAUUGGUAAUGUUGAUGAUGUGUCUAAUCCAUAACCCAGAAAAUACACUAUCUGUAGUCUACAUUAAAAAGUCCCCCACGCCAGAAGGCACCAUGUCCCAGAAUGUCCACCUCCAUACUAUUUGUCAUUACAAAAAGUGAUGAUAACCUAAUCCUCCCUCAGUGGUAAACAGAUAAAUAAAAUUUGUUUCAUUUUUACUACAGAAUGCUAUAUAAAACUUAUAACGAAUAAAUGGAAUCUUCAUACAUAAUCUCAUAAAAUAUUCAGAGACUAAAGCUAAUUGUAAAGUGAUAAUACAGUAUUACAUUUAUGUUAAUAAAUACUAAAGACAAUAUUGUUUAUGGAUAUAUGCAGUAAAUAUACAAAAUUGUGUACUUAAACAAUACAAUAAUUUCAGCAAAGUGAUUACCUUGGGGGAGGUAGGGAAGGAGAUAAAUGGGCAGGGAGAGCCAUAGAUGUAUCUGUAAAUACAUACACAAAUAUAAAUUAUGACUAUAAAUAUCAAUAUGUCAGAAGCAAAUACGGCAACGCCUUAAGAUCUGUUUGCCUUGGAGUGUCUAUAGAUUAUUUUUCUGUGUGUUAAAAAUUUUAAUAAAACUAAAAAGAAAUUUUAAUAUGAGUUUUUGACAUAAAAUAGGGUAAAUCAAGCUGCAAGAAAGCCAGAAGGAAGA